AUGUCUGACGAGGAAGAAGUAUAGUAAGUUAUUUUUUUUCGAAAAAAAAAUUUCCCAAAAUUCUGAAAUUUGAAAGAUCUGGAAUGAGAGAUGUUUUCGGUUUUUUUUCGAAAAUAAGUUUCUUGAAAUUCAAAAAUUAUGAAUAUUCCAGUUUCAAUUUAAUAAUUUUUCAGUUCUGACGAGGAAUACGAGGAGGAAGAAGAAGUUGAAGAAGAAAUCGAAGAAGCUCAAGCUGAAGAAGAAGAAGAGGCAGCUGAAGAUGAUGAAGAAAGGUUCGAACCAACAUCAAAACGUGCUUCUAUCGAUACAAAUGCCACAACUACAACCACUACUGCGCAUGCCCAAAAUGCUUUCGAGUAUCUUUUCUUUCUCAUCUUUCGAAUACUAACCUUUCUUUCCGCGCUCACGGGCAAAUACAGUCAGUCAUCAAGUGUAGACAAAAUGUUUGCACACUUUCAAGUAGUUGGAUUUGCGCUACCAGAUAUUGACAGGAUUUUUUUGCCUUUGUCUUUUUGAAAUAUGUUUUUUUUUCUUGUAAGAAAAAAAAUAACAUAGGACAUCAUACAUCAAAAAAAAAUUAAAAUCACAUUUUAUUUUGAAAACAAUACUGUUCUCUUUUCAAAAAAACCCCGGAGCGCUUUUAUUCACUAACUUUUUUUUCAUUUCUUCCACUUCUUUUCCUUCCUCAUCAAACUUCGAACUUUCUUUAUAAUCUCCCAAUUUCAGAACUGAAAACUUGAAUGAAGCCGAAAAAGCAAUGUUGGCUGCCAAAAAACGGCAUGAAGAAGAUGAUCAAGCAAAACUUGAAGAUUAUGAACAACGUCGUCGUGCUGAACGUGAAAAAGAAGAGGAAGAGUUGAGAAAACUCAAAGAGAAACAAGUGAGAAAUCAGAAAAUGUUGAACUAUGUUUGAAUGAGUUUGAUUUUUAGGAGCAACGCAAAUUGGCUCGCGAACAAGAAGAACGUGAAGCCGCUGAAAGAAAACGAGCUGAUGAGGAACGUCGUAAGAAAGAAGAAGAAGAACGUCGUGCUCGAGCUGAAGAAGAUAAGAGAAAGAAAGAGGAAGAAAAACUGAAAAAGGCACAAAUGAUGGGUGGAGGAUUUACACCAGGACAACAAGGUGGAAGGUAAGAUAAACAACAAUACUAAAAUAAAUAUGACUCACCUCAUUCGCUUUUGACACAUUUCAAAAAAUAAAUAAAUACCGCUUUUAAAAACAUUUUUUCAUUUGAUAGUUUUGCGGUGGGAGAAUGAGAAGGUUUGUAUCAUUUUUCCUAUACGUAGUUUCAUAUUGUUUUCAGAAACUUUGUUAUCAAUAAGAAGGCUGAUACUGGAGUUGGAGAUCGUUUCGGAAACAUUGUCCAAGCUAAACAAGAAAUGGGAAUGACAAAAGAACAACAAGAAGAAGCUAAAGAAGCAUUCUUGGUUCAAAUUCGUAAGACUUUGCCAGCUGGAUCUGAAAUUUUGCCAAAUGAUUUGAAGAGCAAAAUUAAGGAACUCCAUCAAAGAAUUUGCAAGUUGGAAGCUCAGAAAUACGAUCAAGAGAAAAGACAUGAACGUCAAGUUUAUGAUGUAAGUUGUUUUUCUUCAAAUAAUUUUUCAAACAAUCUGAGUUUCAAAAAAAAAGAACAAUAUUUCAGCUCAAAGAAUUGAACGAACGUUCUCGUCAAGUUGCCCGUGCUAACAAUGCCAAAAAUGGUCAAUCUUCAAACGACGACACCGGUGGCCGAUUCCCAGCCAAAAUUCAAGUUUUCUCCAAAUACGACAGACAAAUCGACAGAAGAAACUUCAAAGAACGUCGCGCAGUCUACGAAAAUGUGAGUUGAAAAAUACCGUCAUUUAUUUUUAUUUUUGUUGUUUUUUUCAGAAGAUUGCAUUCCCUUGCUUCCCUGGAAUUGCUCCACCACCUGCAUUGUAUGAAAAAGUUAUCAAAAAGUUGGACUACGAAAUUCAACAAGAAUUGGAUGCGGCUGAAGAAGAAGAGGAAGAAGAAGAUUAUUAG